AUGGAUGUGGAUAUAAAUGACGAGACGCGUGUUCGCCGUGAUAUUGUGGAGGCAACGGUGGAGUACUACCCGCUGCUCUCCGAUACACAAGAGGUGAAUGUGACGGUGGCGUCUGCGUCUGCAAAUGCACUGGCGUGUGUUACGCGGCUUGGCAUGACGGUGGCGCGGCUGCAGGGACUCAAUCAGGCGAUGCUGCGCGUUGGCCAACAGUGGCGCCGCGAGAAACAGACCGCUCUUGCCACUGUGGCACAACACCAGAAGUUGUUGGCUUUUUUAGAGGCCCCCGCCGUGCUGGACGAUUGCAUUCGGAAUGAAAUGUAUCACGAAGCCCUUAUGGUGCUGGAGCACAUCACACGAUCGGCUCAUCCAAUGGACAAGGUGCAGUUAUUUCGUCGUGUGGAGAACGAGGUCCGCUGCACAUUGGAGAAGGCACUCGCAGAGGUUGUUCUUCCACGCUUGGCGGAGCAGCUAACUGUUGCCUCAGCUGUAAAAGUAACGACUUUUUUUCGAAGGCUUGGUGUUGAAGAGAGCCAAAUACGUAUUCUUUUUCUUGCUAAACGCGCAGAAUAUAUAGAUGGAUUGCUACGUGAAGCGGAGGAGAGUGGUAUGCCGUAUUCACGCAUUUUUAGGUAUGUGACCGCUUUUAAGGUUCAUGUAAGUGAGGCAAUUCUCCAGUACACUGCCUGUUUCUCACCAGAUAACGAAAGUGGUUCCUGUAAUGAACUCGUCGGCUGGUCUCAUGAGAGAGCGUAUGUAUUUGUUGAAAACUUCCGUGCCUCAUUGGAGAAAAUCUCUAAUGGUUCUGAGUUGGCAUCUGUUAUUGAACAAUGUUUUAAUAGCGCUUCUACUGUGGCGCUAGUUCACAUGGAUGUAUCAGGCCUUAUUAACGAAGCUCUUAUCUCUCGUGUGAAGUCCCUGUUUGCUGAUCAGGUCGCCCUCGCAGUGCAAUCGUACACAGCUUCCAUGAUGACCUUCUCAUGGCGACCACCGAAUGGACUGCAGUGGGGCUCUUUGCAGAGACGAACAGAGACACUACCACCCACAACAACAACAACAACAACACCAAUUACACCUCCAGUAACGCUUGUGCAGUGGAUGCCUCUUGCAUACGCAUUAAAUGGACUUCUUACCGCAUUCAACACUAUUAGGAAAUGUGUCGUUCCCGGUGUGGAACAGUUUUGUAUAGCCAGGGUAGAGGGACUGUUACAGACUAUGGCGAAGGAUCUCGCACGUGAUAAGGAACUUCUUAUGGCAGUUGAAGGGGGCGAAAAACAGGUUUAUUUGCAUUUUGUAGAUGCAUUUGUACAUGAUUUUUAUCCACACGUUUUGGCAUGUGUGCGAUUGUUGCUUAGUGAUGAUGCUCAGCGACUUCUAGCAAGUGGGAUGCGAAGCAGCAUUGAAAGCCUCCGAAGUAUUCUUCCAUUAGAGAGUAGCUCUACGACGUGUGAUGCUAAGGAGCAUACAAGCAAUGCCCCAUCGUCUGAUCAUUCUACUGUUACCACUACCAAUACUACCACCAAUGCUCCUAUUCCUACUACUACUACUACUACUACUACUACUACUACUACUACUACUACUACCCAUGAUGUUUGA